UUUCCUCUCCCCUAUAUAUAUUCAAUGAACCUCUACCAUAUUCUUCACCCAUAGUACUCAGUGAAUCAAGUUAUCGAAAGUUCGUUAUGUCUCCUAGCCAUACGGAAGAUGAGUUUGCUUCGAGUGAUUCGAGUGAUAGUGAGGAUGAAACUCUUUUGCUUGUCAACCUACUAACCCUAAACAUUGCGGCGCAGCACCUUCACCGCCGACGGUCCGGUCUACCCCGCCGUGUCAUUCACAGAGAUCAUUUCGCUGGAGAAAACCUCAUCCAACAUCACUACUUCGCCGCUAACCCAGUGUAUCCACCGCAUGUGUUUCGUAGAAGGUUCCGCAUGAGUAGGCCUUUGUUUCUCCGCAUCCUGCAAGGUCUUCAACAACACGAUAUUUACUUUACACAAAGAGUUGACGCAACUGGUAUGCCCGGACUAGGACCAUUACAAAAAGUAUGUGCGGCCAUGCGGAUACUUGCUUAUGGCUUACCUUCAGAUGCGGUAGACGAGUAUAUUCAAAUUGGGGAAUCAACGGCUAGGGAAUGCCUUCAUCAUUUUUGUCGCGCAAUCAUUGAUUGUUUUAGUGCUUGGUAUUUACGCACUCCAACUCAAGAUGACAUUAAUCGCAUCAUGCAUAAUAGUGAGUCGCGGGGUUUUCCUGGCAUGUUGGGAUCCAUCGAUUGCAUGCACUGGGAGUGGAGGAACUGUCCAACGGCAUGGCGAGGUCAAUUUUGUGGUAGAAAUGGUAGGGCAUCCAUGAUACUUGAAGCUGUUGCAACGUAUGAUCUAUGGAUUUGGCAUGCAUUUUUUGGCAUGCCUGGGACAAACAAUGACGUGAACGUGCUCCACCGUUCCCACGUCUUUGACCCAAUCACUACUGGUCGAAUGCCCCCUGUCAAUUACACAGUUAAUGGUAAUGCGUAUAACUUCGGUUAUUACCUCGCUGAUGGUAUUUACCCAAACUGGCCUACUUUUGUGAAAGCAAUCCGACACCCAUACGAGGAAAAGAAAGUCUACUUCACUCAGAUGCAGGAAAGUUGCCGAAAGGAUAUUGAGCGUGCUUUUGGAGUACUUCAAGCCCGGUGGGCGGUGCUCCGUGGACCAGCUUAUGGUUGGGAUCGUAAUCGUUUGACAGAGAUAAUGACGGCUUGCAUCAUCAUGCAUAACAUGAUCGUUGAAGACGAAGGCCCAUUUGCUGCAAACAUUGAUUUCGGAGACAACUCUUCAAGGAUUGAUUCAUCUCAAAUAAUAGCGGAAGGACGUGCCGAAUGGGUUAUUAACCACUUCGAUCUACGUCGCCAAGAUAGAUCGUGCUCCCUUCAAAAUGAUCUUGUCGAGCACUUAUGGAGUCGCCGUGGAAGUAUGUAAUACUAGAGUGUCGUAGCAGCUGAGUUCGUACUUACUAUCACUACUUGUUAUGUGUUCUCGUCUAAGUUUGUAUUCGAAUAAAUAAGCUACGUUUCACAAAUUUGCCAAACAGCCUUGUACAUUUUAGUUCACAUACUAAGUUUUAUUGUACCACACACAACGGAACAUAAGAAAUCAUGUUUUCUUGAACAAUUUAUAACAUACCAUUCGAUUGUCAAUAAUAUUGUUCAAACAUUUAUGACAUCCAAGCUCAUUAUUGUCUAAUACAACAGCAAACAACUUAAGAGACAGUGGUUCGACCAAACAAAUACGGUUCCGCAUAUUACAAAUUCGUAAACGAAGUAACCUAAAAUUGUCUCAACAAGUGUGAAUAGCACAGGCGCACAGCGUACACAACCUUUCAUCAUUGCUCAAAAGUAAAUAUGAACUGCUGCAAUUUUUUUUCUGUUCCUUCAUGACAACCCAAACUUCAGGAUCUACAUCUUCUUCGUUUGUCGACAACAGCAUCUGCAAACGUUGUUCUGCCGAUUUGAGUUCUUCUAGUUUGAGUUCCCUUUGUCUUAUGCUUAACUUUUGGGCUUCCAAGUCCAAUCUCUUCUUUUGUAUCUCCCUAUCUUCUUCAGUGGUCUUUUCUUUUUUUUCCCCCUUUUCAAUGGACCUCUGUAUUUGUUUCUCAGUAAUUUCUUGUAAUCGGCUUAAGUACUCCGGGGACGAAGAUGAACCAGCUUUCUUUCUCUCAGCUUUACUGAAAUCACGGCCACGGGGC